UCUCUUUCUUUUCCCUUGCAGAUGUCCCAACAACCAUGACCCCUCUUCCUCCGACGCAGUUCUUCAUCGUUCCACAGGAUUCUUACAUUACAAAAAGAAGCGUGGAUCUAGAAUGCAAGGCCGGUCCCUCUCCCAAUGUCUACUUUAUAUGCAAUGAUGAGAAGAUAGCUGAUGGCAGGACACAUUCUAUUGGUACCUUUGAUGAAUACUAUGAGGAUAUUAGACAUAUAGCCUUAUCCAUAACAAAAGAUGAGGUGCAGGAGUACUUUGGCGAUGAGGAUUUCUGGUGCGUCUGCGAAGCCGCUGCUGAACCGCAGCCAAUCAGGACAGAGAAGGCCUAUAUCAGAGAAGCAUACCUGCGUAAACAGUUCCUCCAGAUGCCACUGGACCACAGUGUGCCCCUCCACGACAAGUUCCAUCUCCUGUGCCGGGCACCAGAGGGCGUCCCAGAGCCGACCAUCCAUUGGGAGAUGGACGGAGUGCCCAUUGACGACGAGAACCUCGUUCAUUACGUGGUGACGUACGACGGGACCCUCAUCGUCAAUGAAGCUACACUGGCAGAUAACGGCAACUAUACUUGCGUGGCCACCAAUGUUGCCACUUACAGAACAACAGAUCCAGCUCGUGUCAUUGUAUACGAUAAUACAAACGAUGGAGCGUGGACGAUCUGGACAGAAUGGAGCACCUGUACCGGAGACUGCGACGGAGGGACCAGGAGGAGGAUGAGAUACUGCACCAACCCUGCCCCUGUCAUCGACGGAGCUAACUGCGUGGGAAAGGCAGUGCAGACCGAAGACUGUUCAAUCGAUUGCCCAGCUGCAGCCAUCGGUUGGAGUGAAUGGAGCAUGUGGUCUCGCUGCACGGACGAGUGUGUACAGAUCAGAACCAGGACCUGCACCAGGCAAUGUUCGGGCGAACCGCAGCAACGGAGGAACUGCUCUGGAGGACUCUGUUUAAGUGAGCCACCACUAGUUGUCGAUGAUCCCGGAAUAUUUUCUCCUAGUGCUGGAGACACAACGUCUCAAAACCCAGCUGCUGGCGGCAAGAAUGGGCUCUCCAAGCAGAUCCCCGUUUACAUUGGCAUCUCUCUAGCCAUCGUCGUGCUCCUCCUGGUCUUCCUCUUCAUCGCUAUCUACCUGGUCACCAAGAGGAAAAGGGGGAACUCCCCCAGCUACACCACCACCUCCACCGAGGACUGUAACCUGGCUAUGCUUUCAGCACAACCACCGGACAUCACAACCCAGACGAUGCACUCCUCGCUGCGAUCCAACCACGUCGCCCUCUCGAGUCACAACGAGAAGAUCCCCAUGUCCGGGACACCAACGCAUCCGCCCCAUCCUGACCUGACUGGCGGGAAGAUCCCGCAUCAGCUCACCGUUCAGUUCUCGCCCAAAAAAGGAGGGACCAUCACGCAGCUCGGGUGCUUGGGGUCGUCGGAUAUCUCACAGUACUCGUUAAAUAACGGAUCCCUGCAUUCGCACCCGCACUCGCGGUCGCUGUCGCCAACAAAAAGCCACACCUAUGUUCCUCUGGUAGGACCCGGACAGGAGAAGCACAUCUACGCCACGCUGAAUCCUCCAGAACCACCUCCACAGGAUCCGAGGUACUGUCAGACCCGUUGCUACGGCGACUUGGAGGACAAUGAUGGGUACAUUAUGGAGGAGGCAGAUGAAAACUACAUGCUGCAGGGACAUUCCUCGGAGGAAAGUCUUGAGCCUCAGUCUAUGUGUGAUUCCGAUCCAGGCAGGACAUUAUCGGGCAGCGCUCUAGGGCUUCCAAUGCACUCGGAUUACAGCAUAGCAACGGGGCAUGUGGGAUCAAGAGGGGGCAGAUUAGUGCUACCAGAUUCAGGAGUUAGCUUGAUGAUACCUGAGGGUGCCAUAGCACGCGGCCAGACGGUAGAAAUAUACCUAGCAGUCUCACAUGAACUUAUGGACAGACCGCACAUAGAACAUAACCAGACCUUACUCAGCCCCGUCAUCUUGUGCGGCCCGCCCUCUGUAGUCCUUGCCAAGUCAGUUGUCCUGGUGUUACCGCACUGCGCACAGAUGAGCAAGAAUGACUGGAGGCAUUCGGUCAUCGCCAGCAGUACACAUCCAACAGAUGACAAAUGCUGGGAGAAGCAGACAACCGUCGGAGAGGAAACCAUCAACUUACAAGUCUUCUGCCAGGUGGAUAGUCAUCUAUCCUGCAUCGUCACUGACCAGCUAGGGUGGUAUGCCCUCAGUGGCGAGUCAAGGCCAGAGAGACAGUCAGCAAAGAGGUUAAAAUUGUUAGCUUUCGGUCCAGCUCUUCGGUCGACGCUAGAUUACCAUAUCAAAGUGUACAUCUCGGAAGACACUCCAGAUGCUAUAGAGCAUAUCCUCAAUGUUGAGAGGAGACUUGGAGGACAACCCCUCCAGGGUGGCUGCCAAUUUGACUACCACGACAACGGCAAUAAUCUCAGAUUGGAGAUCCAAAACAUAGUACCUGGCUGGCAAUGCAAGCUGGCCAAGAACUGUCAAGAGAUUCCUUUCUACCAUGUAUGGAGCGGUACCUCCAACACGUUGCACUGUUCAUUUGCCUUGGUCAAGACGGAGCCGGGUAUCGGACCCAUUGGCUGCAGGUUAGAGGUCACCCAAGGCACCUAUACGACCAGUAUGCAGGUCAUGGAGAGGAUCAUUGAUGGGGUGGUUGUGGAGCAGGAGUUGAGACUGAACGGCUACAGCCCUAACCACAUGGUACCGCCUCAGAACGCCUUCCACCUGUCUAAACCAGUCAGAACCGCCUUGUGCCAAUGCCUUGAUAUUCCCCAGCCCAAGGGUAAUGACUGGAAACUACUCGCAACCAAACUAGGUGUCGAUGGAUAUCUUAAUUUCUUUGGCAUCAAACCAAGUCCGACCGAUCAAAUCCUUGACAUGUGGGAAGCGCGGGACAGCGAGGAGGGCGCUCUCAUGAGGUUAGCAGGAGCAUUCCAGGAGAUGGGCCGGCACGACGCCGUCACGAUAGUCCAGAAACAGAUGGCUGCAUGGAUGUGACGACGGGUGACGUGCGAUCAAAGCGAAAGCGAUCAAAACUUUAUCUGACACUCUCUGAUUGGUGCUUCAAUGGCAAUAGUCGUCUUUUGUUUAAAGAUGGAUGCGUGGAUGGAUGGAUGAUGGAUGGUUUUAGCAGCUAGGACUAUUUGGUCCCCCCCCCCCCUGAUGGGGCCGGGUUUUGAGUUCCUGGUCCUUGCAGGGACGUGGUCCUAAGUUGGACCCAGGGUUGCACUCGCAGCACAGCCUAAUAGGAACAGAAUUAGCAGAAUUACCAGCAUGCAACUAUUUGGUCUCCUGAUGGGGCUGGGUUUUGAGUUCCUGGUCCUUGCAGGGACUUGGUCCCAAGUUGGACCCUGGAUUGCACUUGCAGCACAUCUAGCCUAAUAGGAACAGAAUUAGCAGAAUUAUCAGCAUGCAACGCUAUUAUGCACAGCUCUGUUCCAAUCUGUUGCAGGAUACUUUGAGACGGUAAAGAACUGUGAUGAACAUUGAUUUUUAAAAUCUUUUCACAGUCUAUGGCUUCUCUGAGUGGUUAUGUCCUGCUUUAUAGCUCAAGGUUUGAGGAAAGCGGUUGCUGUGCUUCACACCUUCAUCCAGGAUUAUCAAAGGCAUCAUCUUGCAGGAAUCAACUUAGGUCUACCCUAAGACUUUGCAAGCAGAAGGAAGGAACUGUUAGCCAAGCUCACUUGCUUAUCAUGUUGCUCACUGGAUGCACAACGAAGCUUCAUUACUGCCUGCUUACUUGUAUAGAUAGCUUAGGAUUCAAACAAA